AUGUAUUAUUAUUGUAGGACUUCACCAUUACUUACCACACGAUUUUUUAGAAAUUGUCAAGUUUUAAAUAAUUUGACUAAGCAUUCUAUAAACAAACGACGUGAUUUUGGACAAUAUUAUACAUUAAAUAACGAAAUCCCAAUAAGAGGUCAAGCCUUAAUUCCAUUUGUUGUUGAACAAACGACAAGAGGAGAGCGUUCUUAUGAUAUUUUUUCUAGACUUUUAAAAGAAAGGAUUGUUUGCUUGAAUGGUCAUGUAGAAGAUAGUGUGGCAGCAGUGAUAGUUGCUCAAUUGUUAUUCCUCGAAGCAGAAAAUCCUGAUAAACCUAUAAGUUUAUACAUUAAUAGUCCCGGUGGAAGUGUAACAGCUGGAAUGGCAAUUUAUGAUACUGUAAGAAGCUGA